AUGCCCACACCAGAUACAUCUGGAGACUUCUCAAGGAGAAGUAGCAUUCUGAUUUUUAAUGAGCACCGCUACUUUUGUGCAAAGCCGGCCAACGCGUUGCGCACCUUUUGUGCGGGUCUGAUCGUCCAAAGCCAUUGCACCUUGUGCCCCGACGCAAGUGGGGAUGAUGAGAGAAUCUUCCUGACCAGCUUUACAGCUCGUGUUUGCGCAGGCUGGCCCUUGCGAAAGUCACACACACAAGAAGCGGGCAGUCUUCGUUGCAGAGUCCCGGCUUUUGCCAGGCCAGAACUACAGGUUGUGCCGUACCCUGCUUCGCCGCAGCUCCCCACUUGUACCCCAUGA